GAUCAGCCUGUUACACCAUACUGCACAACCUUUAAAACUCAUCAAAGAAAUGAUAUCCCAGAGAGAAGCAGAGAGUGAAAUCAUACUAAAUAAAGAGCAAAACAGAUGUCUGAUCAGCAACGAUGACAAAGAAGAGACUGAAGAUCUUAAUCGAGGAGAGUGGCUGAACCUGAGCCUAGGUAGCAUUUCGGCGGAAGGACAGAUGGACUCACAGGCAAGACCAGCUUCCGGCAAGGUUUUCUCCUGUAACUUCUGCAUGAGGAAGUUCUUCAGCUCGCAGGCAUUAGGGGGUCACCAGAACGCCCACAAGAGAGAAAGAGGUGCAGCAAGAAGAUAUCAGUCCCAAAGACUGAUGUCGAUGAUGGGUUUUCCCUUCACUACUUCUACGGCCAGAUCACUCAGCGUUCAACCCCACUCACUCGUGCACAAGCCAAGCAGAGAAGAAAAUUCACCUGUAGCAAGAUUUAGUGAUGCCAACGCAAGGUUUAGCUCGAUGCCUUUCACACUGGAUGAUGUAAUGGAUUCUAUGUGGCCAGGCAGCUUCCGCUUGGAUCCACAAGUAUUAAAGCCACAAUCAGAGCCAUCCAAGCUUGACUUGAACCUUCGACUCUGAUCCACCCGUCCCGCUACCCUAGUUUGGAACUUUCUUUUAUGAAAUCUAUCUUCGAAGAGGUGUUAACUAUUUCAUCUAUCAAGUACAUAACUAGCGUAGGUUAGAGGCCUCCUCUGUUUAUCUACCCAAUGAACCUACGAAAGAUAGAUACUGAGAAGUUCCUACUGUUUUAAGGAUGUUAUAAUAUCAAAGUUAUUUCCUAUUCA